AUGUUAUCAAGAGCAAUUAAUAACUCCACGUUAUUCAAACGUACACCCACAUCAGAUAGUGAAUUGCGUCGUAUGGCUGUUAUAUCCAAAUAUCAAAAGCAACGAAUAGGUUUUAGGUUGCUCCAAACAUUGAUAGAAUUUAGUCGAUCAAAUGGCUACAGAGCGAUUCCUUUAGCAACAUCAUCCGGCAUGAAAUUAGCCUGUGCAUUCUACGAGAGAUGUGGAUUUACAAAAGGAAAAGUACAAAAGUUCGAAAUGAACAUUGCUUCAAAUGAACCUAUUAACAUCUUCGAUUCAAAACCAACGGUUUUUGAAGAUUCAUCUGAUCUCACUGAAGAAGACAUUCGUUUGAUAAAUCUACCAAUGUCCAAAUCACAUUACUUUUAUAUUCACCAUUAUUGGAUGGUGAUUUAG